AUGGAAAAUGAUUGUGUUGAUAUAAAAAUUUGGGAGAGAAAACGGAGGACAACGGUUCUUGCAUAUAUGUUUCUUUAUUUUUUAAGAGGAAUUGAACAAAGUGCAAACACGGCAACAUUAUGGAUUUAUUUGACAAAACUUAUAAAAACUGAGCACGCAGACGUAUACUAUGGACUGAUCAACAUAGCAAUAUAUAUUUUACCGAUGUUGUUUUCUUCCGUUGUGGCAAGAUAUGCUGACAAAACAAGGCGCAUCAAACUGACUAUAAUCAUUACAAACUUUGUUUCUAUGCUUGGAAGUAUAACAUAUAUAUUGCCAUGGUCACCACUAUGUCCGUUUAUAGGAAAACUUUUAAACGGUGCAGUUAUCAUAUCGAAACCAUUAAUGAUAGGGGAAAUGGCAAGAUCCUUUUCGCCCUGUAAAUUACAAAGCAAGAUAACUUAUCUUGUGUUUUCAAAAGCCGUCGGAUAUGUUAUGGGACCGUGUGUUGUACUUCCGUUUACAAAUCUAAACGUCUGGUUUGGCCAAAUUCAGAUUGCAUAUGGAAACAUAUCAGGUCUUGUUCUUCUUAUUUUAACGAUCGUCGCACAGUUAUGGGUUAUAUUUUUCGCUCAUGAUCUAUCAAGAGAAUAUGAUAUGAAGAAAGCUACAGCAACAGACGAAACCGUUAAACAUAAAGAUUUAAAAAGCAGCGCAGUAAAGGCCUUGAAAGGAGCCUUAACCUCAAAAAUCAUUGUGUUUAUGUUAUUUAUAUCAUUUUAUGGUUGCAUACUUAAUAUUGCAUUCUUCCGAGGCCUUCCAGUUCUUGUAUUGGAUAUUUUAGGAAUGUCAUACCAAACCGUUUCUCAUGUUUUCGUUCUAAAUGGAAUCUGCAACAUCGUGCUGUACAUUUUCAGCAUCAAAAUUAAAAUGGGAAACGUAACUGUAUAUUCUUUGGAAAUUGCCAGUCUGGUUUCAAUUAUUAUUGUUUCAUUUAUCCAGUUCACACUUGUUUAUUGUGGCCCUACCAUUAACGUCAAAGUUAGCAUGCUGUUGUUAUACGUGGUUUCUCUAAGUGUAUUUGAAAUUGGCCAAGAGAUAUUUUUAGUUGUAAUUUUUGCAAAACUCAUCUCGUCGAAAUACCAAAGUUAUCUGGAAAGCAUACGUGAAAUACUUGAACUGAUUGGAUGUAUUUUAGGGGCAUUUUUAUCUUUGACUUUUAUGAAAUAUGCGAGUAUAUUUAUGCCUUUGUUUAUAUUUAUAAAUUUACUAUCACUAAUUUUUCUUUUCCUGUUUCGCAAUAAUCUAAUUCAUCCAGAUAUUCUUGUGUGA